UGGCUGCUCGGAAGCCGGGGCAGCGCGGAGCCGUCCCUGGAGCCGGCGGGGCGCGCACACGCCCGGAGGGUCUCUCCCGGGCUUCCCCGGCCCUCGCCGGGCGCUCCCGCCGCACGCACCGCUGCAUCCAGCCGGCUCCCGCGCUCCGUGAAGCCUCCUGUGGUUGGCAAGAGCACGGAGCCGCGGGAGCAGCGGAGAGCGGCGGUGCUGAGCGGGGUGGGAGUGUGGGUGGUUGGGUGGGUGGGGGACGCAAGGAGCUCUGCCCUAAGCGGGACCCGCGGCGCAUCCCUCGGCCAACCCCAGGUCCGCGGCCGCUGCCCGGAGCUCGGCUCGCCCGCGCCAGGGCAGGCUGCCUGCUGGCGGAGCCGGCGCGCCCUCCCCUCGCCCGGGAAACGCGUGCCUCCGGAGUUGGCGAACCCACCCGGGCCGAGGCUGCGGGUGCGGGGACCUGGUGGCAGCGGGCCGGGGAUCAGGGUGCUGGGGACACCCUGUUUGGCCGCCCCUGCGGAGGGCUGGGGACUCGCGGCGCGGCUCCGCCUCGGUCCUCAUCCUCUGCGUGCCCGCAAGAACCGUCUCUGCGGGUGGGCGGCUGAUGCGGACCACGGGACACCCUCGCCGCCGAGUCCCCGCGGUGCGGGCUGGAGCGGGUGUCUGGCGGAGCCCUCGCUGAGCUGAGCAGGGCCGGGGAGCCAGGCGCCGGGCGAGCUCAGGGCGAGGGGAUCCCUGGAGCGUGGUCCCAGCUCUCGCCUGCUUCCCUCGGAGCCCACGAGCUGCUCUCCAGCCCGGCUCCGCGCCUGCUGGGGGCAGAGCUCCGGGGCCGGCGCGCAGGCUGCGCCGGGGGCGCCCCUGAGGGAGGCGCAGGGGCCGCGAGAGUUGCAGGAACCCCCUCUCGUGGCGGAUCGGCCUCGCUGCUCCUCCUGGGCCGCGCGGUGUAACCUCGGAAAUAAACCAGCGCCGCGGGCCAGGCCGCUCCUAGGCUGUGGGCGUGGGGUGAGCUCGGCACUCGCCGAGGGCGGCUCCAAACUUUCCUGGGCUAGUGCACCUCCCUGGCUUCCGUCUCCCUGGAGCUUCGUGCCGGAGGACUGAGCCGCGGCUCAUAAUGGGGAUCUUACAGCCAGGGAGAGCUGCAAGGCUGGGUUCUCCGAAGAAGAUUACACAGCAUUAAUCUCCCAGAAUAUUCUGGAAGGAGAGAAGGUCCUCAAAGUCAAGUUCAGCAGCUGUUUGGGGACCAAGGGGACACAAUAUGAGACCAGCAGCAUGGACUUCAAAGUCGGGGCAGACGGGACAGUCUUUGCCGCCCGAGAGCUGCAGAUCCCCUCGGAGGAGGUGGCCUUCACUGUGACAGCAUGGGACCGCCACACCGCCGAGCGAUGGGACACCAUGGUGCGGCUGCUGGUGGCCCAGACCUCAUCCACGCUCCCUGGACACAAGAAAGGGAAGAAGGCUGCAGCCCCGGCCCCUGCUGGACCUCUGAAUGACACGCUGCUGCCGUGGCCCCAGCAUCAGCUCACCAGCGGGUUGAGGCGACAGAAACGGGACUGGGUCAUCCCACCCAUCAAUGUGCCAGAAAAUUCGCGCGGGCCCUUCCCACAGCAGCUUGUGAGGAUCCGCUCCGACAAAGACAACGACAUCCCCAUCCGGUACAGCAUCACGGGAGUGGGCGCCGACCAGCCCCCCAUGGAGGUCUUCAGCAUCGAUUCCAUGUCCGGCCGCAUGUAUGUCACUCGGCCCAUGGACCGGGAGGAGCGCGCCUCCUACCACCUCCGCGCCCACGCCGUGGACAUGAAUGGCAAUAAGGUGGAGAACCCCAUCGACCUGUACAUCUACGUCAUCGACAUGAACGACAACCGGCCCGAGUUCAUCAACCAGGUCUACAAUGGCUCCGUGGACGAGGGCUCCAAGCCAGGAACCUACGUGAUGACAGUCACGGCCAACGAUGCUGACGACAGCACCACAGCCAAUGGUUUGGUGCGGUACCGGAUCGUGACCCAAACCCCACAGAGUCCAUCCCAGAACAUGUUCACCAUCAACAGCGAGACAGGGGACAUCGUGACAGUGGCGGCUGGCCUGGACCGAGAGAAAGUUCAGCAGUACACAGUCAUCGUUCAGGCCACAGACAUGGAGGGAAACCUUAACUAUGGCCUCUCGAACACAGCCACAGCCAUCAUUAUGGUGACAGACGUGAAUGACAACCCGCCAGAAUUCACCUCGAGCACCUAUGCAGGGGAAGUCCCCGAAAACCGGGUGGAGACGGUGGUCGCAAACCUCACUGUGAUGGACCGAGACCAGCCGCACUCACCAAACUGGAACGCCGUCUACCGCAUCAUCAGCGGGGACCCCUCGGGACACUUCAGCAUCCGCACGGACCCUGUCACCAACGAGGGCAGGGUCACCGUGGUGAAGGCUGUCGACUACGAGCUGAACAGAGCGUUCAUGCUGACCGUGAUGGUGUCCAACCAGGCGCCCCUGGCCAGCGGGAUCCAAAUGUCCUUCCAGUCCACGGCGGGGGUGACCAUCUCGGUCAUGGACGUCAACGAGGCCCCCUACUUCCCCUCGAACCACAAGCUGAUACGCCUGGAGGAGGGAGUGCCCACCGGCACCGUGCUGACCACGUUUUCAGCAGUGGACCCCGACCGCUUCAUGCAGCAGGCCGUGAGAUACUCAAAGCUGUCGGACCCCGCAAACUGGCUGCACAUCAAUGCCACCAACGGUCAGGUCACCACGGCGGCCAUCCUCGACCGCGAGUCCCUCUACGUCAAAAACAACGUCUAUGAGGCCACCUUCCUGGCAGCUGACAAUGGGAUCCCCCCAGCCAGUGGCACCGGGACCCUGCAGAUCUAUCUCAUCGACAUCAACGACAACGCCCCUGAGCUGCUGCCCAAGGAGGCGCAGGUGUGCGAGAAGCCCAGCCUGACGGCCAUCAACAUCACCGCGGCCGACGCCGACAUGGACCCGAACGUCGGCCCCUACGUCUUCGAGCUGCCCUUUGUCCCGGCCGCCGUGCGCAAGAACUGGACAAUCACCCGCUUAAACGGUGACUACGCCCAGCUCAGCUUGCGCCUCCUGUACCUGGAGGCCGGAAUGUACGACGUUCCCAUCACUGUCACAGACUCUGGGAACCCCCCCCUGUCCAACACAUCUGUCAUCAAAGUCAAGGUGUGCCCGUGCGACGAGAACGGCGACUGCACCACCGUAGGCGCUGUGGCGGCUGCUGGUCUGGGUACCGGCGCCAUCGUGGCCAUUCUCAUCUGCAUUGUCAUCCUGCUGACCAUGGUCCUGCUGUUUGUCAUGUGGAUGAAACGGCGGGAAAAGGAGCGUCACACGAAGCAGUUGCUCAUCGACCCCGAGGACGACGUGCGUGACAACAUCCUCAAGUACGACGAGGAGGGCGGCGGUGAGGAGGACCAGGACUACGACCUCAGCCAGCUGCAGCAGCCAGAGGCCAUGGAGCAUGUACUAAGCAAGGCGGCCGGCGUGCGGCGGGUGGACGAGCGGCCUGUGGGCGCCGAGCCCCAGUACCCGGUCAGGCCUGUGGUGCCCCACCCGGGGGACAUCGGCGACUUCAUCAAUGAGGGACUUCGAGCAGCCGACAACGACCCCACCGCACCCCCCUACGACUCCCUGCUGGUCUUCGACUACGAAGGCAGCGGCUCCACGGCGGGCUCGGUCAGCUCCCUGAACUCGUCCAGCUCGGGGGACCAGGACUACGACUACCUGAACGACUGGGGGCCCCGGUUCAAGAAGCUGGCGGACAUGUACGGGGGAGGCGAGGACUAGCCAGCCUCACGUCCCCGGACAAAGUGGGACCAGCACCCGGAAGGCGCCAGAGGAGCAGGCCUGCAGGAGGCCGCGGCCUCCCCGGCCCUGCGGACGUGUCAUUUAGUGGUGUGCCGGGGGUCUCUCCCCGCCCCCGCCCCCAACACAGCUGUCUGGCAUGAACACUUCUGGCCCCGGCGCACCCCGCCGCCCAUACGGUAGCUGACCUAUCACUAAAGGAGAGCGAGAGGCACUCGGUCUUAACUUGAAUUUCUUAGAACAGAAGCACUGUUUUUAAAAAAAAAAAAAAAAAAAA